GACAUCAAGACCAUCAAGGCGCUCCGCAGUAUUAAAUGCUGCGCACGUGUUUCGCGUGACGGUAAAAAUAAUUGUUGUGAUAUUCUAUUCAUUAUUUGUUAAUAUUUAUUUUUUGGUGCUGUGCUCUAAUAAGUAUUUCGCAAUGUAUUCAAAAGUGAUGUUCACAAAGGAUGUCAUUGUAAUAAUGAAGACAUCUACAUAAACAAAAAGAGAGGACUUUGUAUACUACUUAUUGUUUCAUAAAUAAAAAAAAUUUAUAAACAAAAUUGUGUAAUUAAUUCUGAGAAAAACCAAAUAGACUUAAUUGAAUCAUGAAGAGACAAGAAUUAAAGUCGAAGGCAUUUAAACGUGCUGAAAACAAUAUGAUAAACAAAUUAAGUAAUGAUUUUUUGAAGAAGUAUCCACAUCAUGUAGUGCCGGGUUACAACUUGAACAGAUCACCAUGCAUUGAGAAAUGGGAUGAGGAGAAUGUGAUGGGGCUUUAUCAAGAUUUUCCAUAUAACUGUGAUUUGCCAAAGCCAAUACUGCCACCAGCAAAGUUAUCGAGAACAGUACUUGCUAACAUAGAUCCGGCAUUGCAACUUCUUACUUUGAAAAGUCAUCUAAAGGAUGAUAUAGAUAGGAUAAUGAAUCAUUAUAAAAAAUAUAAAAAAGAAUUUAAGGCAGUGCACAAGAAAAGCAUAAAGUGGAAGAGAGGUAGUGACGGAUAUAGUGCAAAUGUACCUAGAUAUAUUGCAGAAAUAGCAGAACUGCUUGAUAUGGAUCCAGAUCCUUAUUUUGAAGGAACUUAUAAUUGGUACUAUACUGGUGGAUCAUUAAAUUAUGUUGAGUUAAAUGGCUGGGAUGUUCUGUUAUUUCCAUUUGGAGGAGAUUUAGUUGCUGCACAUAUUAUACCUUUGGAAAAUUUCGUAUGGAAGCCAUUAUUACAAGAUUCAGAUAAAUGUGAACUACAUGAUUUGCUGUAUGAAAUUAGACAAACCAAAAUUAGUGAUACAUGUAGAAUUUUAGGAAGGCAUAAAUAUCAAUGUACUCUUUAUACACUAUCCAAUUCUGAGAAUCACUUACAGCUUAAUGAAAUUCAUAGACAAGCGUCGAAAGUACCUUACGUUAGUGCUGAUUUGAGUUUAACUAAUAUUAAUUAUCAUUGUACAUUGAAUGCAGAAAGAAUAUUGUCUUUAUGGGACAUAAAUGCUACUAAUUACAUUAGUAGUGGUCCUGUACUACAUAAUACAACUCAUGCGCGUGAUGCUUGGGGAUGCAUAAGAUUCCAGGAAACUGAUCCAAAUGUUUUGAUUUACGUGGACAGAUGUUGCUUACAUUAUCUCGAUACUAGGCUUACUCUCGAUCAACCAUGUAUCACGCUGUGUCCGAAAUCUAAUAUGGAAAACUGUGAGAGUUUGUCGAUAGAAGCACCGAGUAAACACAAUUGUUGUCGAUAUUUAGGCACUUAUCAUUCAUUUUUAAUGUGCGAUAAUCGUUCUCCAAAGCAGUGUGUACGACAAAAAUGGACGCAUCAGUUUAAAGAUACUCCGUUACUAGCGGCUGUAACUAAUAAGUUAAUAAUGAUAAAUACAUAUUCUAUGAUAAUGAAUUGUCAUUACAAUUACAAUCAUAUUAUUAUAUCGUAUAUUUAUUACAGUAAUGAUAAGGAAAUCAUUAUUUUAUCAACUCAGAAAGCUGGCGAAAACACAGUAAUUUUAAACACAUGGAUGAGUGAGGAGGAGUCUCAUUCUUUUAAUUUACCUUUCACACCCCCAUAUAUUGCAGAAACAUUACAUGCAUCUCAAUUGCAAGGAAUGUGUUUGAAUCCGUAUUUACGAAGCAGAUUUGAAUUAUGUAAUGUUGGCAGCACAUUAGUCACAGACGUAAAGAAAGCAGGAGUAUUCUUUUUUACCCAAAAUUCUAUUGGUGACAUAUUUUAUCAGUGUAUAACACAUGAAAAAGAGAAUGUAUUAGACAGAUAUUCUCCUGUAAAUACUAAAGCUUGUUAUGCAUUAGAUAUGUGGGAAAAAGCUUUAUCAGCCCAAAAGGAACCGAUAGUACCUUUAACUCUUACUGACAAGUGUAAUAUGCAAUAUAUAUAUGAAAAUUUUACAAAUGAAGCAAUCAAGCCACCUUCAAAAUCAACUGAAGAAAAUGCAAACAAUAGUUUUGAACCAACCUGGAAGGAAUCUUUAGCCACGUUGAGCUCGUAUAUAGAUCUAUUAUCACCGGACCUCCUUGCAGCUUGGGAAAUACGUGACGAAGCACCUGUACCGAUGGGAGCGGAAUCACAUCAGAAAGUUUUGAAUUGGUUGGAAGCUUCGACUUCGCAUCAACCUGUCACGCAAUCGCAAGAUGCACCUGAACACAUUCCUACCCCCAUCAAUUCUCAAGAAUUAGCUAGUGUGUCACAACAAUUUGAUCUUAUGGACAUUGACGAUAGUAACAUGUUGCAAGAAAUGCUAUUACCGAAAGUUAAAUCGCAAACAGCCAAGAAGAGAAAGCGCAUUAAUACAUAAGCAAUCUAUAAUAAUAAUAAUAAGGAAUAUUAAAAGUACAAAUUGUGAUAGAAAUAUUGAGUUAAAAUUUAUAUUUUUGUAACAUAUGUCGAAGUUAGCGACAAUAUUAAGUUAUAUUAAAAAUAAAUAAAAUGUAUUUUUGAAA